AUGUAAAUCUAAGAAAAUUAACUUAUCAUCGAUUACAUCAAGAAAUUACUAUGUCCAUAUCACAACAAGCCCAUUAGAUACAUGAGUUAUUCCCCAAAUGUCCCCCUUGGCUAUAAACUCAUUUGUUCUGAUUGUGCUGAGGACCGCGGCUUAAAUAACUAUAAAGAAGUUGAAAGUUGUGUUAAAGAAAUCAAUAAAGACAGAGUCCCUCAACCAAUCAGAAAUGCAUGUUAACAACUAAUGGAGUUUUUUGAUAGAAUGAAAAAUCAAGUUGCUGCUCCUCUUAAUCAACACACAUAUUUCCUUCGAAAUACACAAAAUGAAGGAGGACUUAUUCAAUUCUAGGAGGAACUUAAAUAAUAUUAUCUAGAUGGCCUAAAUUCAAACUAUGGCCAACAAUUAAUUGCAAAUGGAAAAAAAAUAAUUUUUAAUUCUAUUAGGUAACUUGAAGCAUUCUCAACUGAUCUGACAUCACUUUUAACAAAUUCAUAAUACGAGUAGUAAAGCCUUACAGAAAUAUGGAAAAAAGAAUAUUAAAAAUAACCCUCAGUUAUCGAGGUUGAUUUCUCAGAUUAAGAAUUCUUCAUCUUAAGUGAUGAAAAACUUGAAGUCUACAAUACUUAAGUAGAUGGCAUAAGACUUCAGCAAUAACAUCACCUUGAUAAAAAAAUUAAUUGUAUGAUCAAAGCUCAAUCUAAACCAUUAAUCUUUUUAGGUAGGUAUGAUGGAAUUGUGGAAGUAUUUGAGUAAUUAACUAAUGGCGAUUAUGUAUCCUCCCAUAAAAUUGAAGCACAUUCAUCCGGUAAAUUCUAAUAUGGAGUCAGCUGUAUUAUUACCAAUUCUGACAGUUCAGAAAUAAUUACAGGAGGAUAUGAUGCUCUUGUCAAAUCAUGGAGAUUUAGAAAUCGCUAAUGGUAACUUAUCUCUACUCUAAAUCAGCAUAAAAAUAUUAUCAAUUCUUUAUCUUAUAACUCAGAUUUUAACAUCAUUGGAUCAGCCAGUUAGGAUCGUUCAUUUUCAUUGUACAAAUCAAACUCCUAAUAUCUCUAUUUAAAUUCGUUCACCUAAACCAAUACAAAUCGUGUUAAUACUAUAUGUUUUGUAAGUCCCACUAAUUUUGUUAUUUCUCUAAAUUAAGACACAAGUAUCUAUUUGUAUACAAUUCAAAAUACAUUGGAUUAAAUAUUUAAAAUCGAAAAUUUAUAGACUAUCCAACUUAACAAAAUCAAUACUGAUAUCACUAUUACUGUCUAGCCAAGAUAUUAUGAAUCCUUAAAAUUAUUGAUCUUCUAAAGUAAUAAUCAAACCUAUUACCUAUGCUAAGAUAGUCAAAAUAAAUUUCAAUUCUUUCCUAUCAGCAGAUAUGUUUCCAGAAACUAAUCGUAAGAUAAUUCGGCAUAACCAGAAAAUUCACUCAAAGGAUCUAUGUUUAGACUUAUGGAAUAUGGAUAAUAAUCAAUUUAGUUGUUUUAAGAAGGUUCUUCAUAUGUUGUGCGUGCAUCGAAAUUUUAAUGA